GUGUUUUUCAUUGAGUAGUGAUUUGUUUGACAUUUUGUGCGACAAAUCAAUACAACACUUAUUAUCACUUAGUUUUACGACUAGUUUUGCGUUCAUUUCAUAAGGUAUUCACGCAAUGAGUGUAUGAUUUAUGUGUCCGUUUGACUGAUCACUUGAGCUGAUCCGUGGGCGCGCGAGUGAUCGGUUUGUCUGAAGCGAUGGUUUUGUUUAAUUUACUGCCUUUUUAUCAAUACAUCAAUACUUACGACUCUAUCGUUGUCUUAGUGGUCGUCCUAAUCGUGUCCAUCGGUAUCGUGUGUCUCAAACGUAUGGAUGUGUUGGGCGGCGACGGCGCGUCCGUUCAUCGGCUCAAUAGGGAUGACAUGUCCUCCCAAUCGAUGGUUAGACUCCGGAAUCCAUUCCUCUUUAAGAUAACGGAUGAGUCGAUGCGAUGCGAUAACUACCGCAAUGGCCUCAAAGUGACCAUCACUUGCGACAACUCCUUCUGGGUGUACAGCUAUUGGGCGGUCGAUGUCGAGCACCUGCACCAAGAACUGGAUGACGAGUGGCAGCCAAUGAGACAAUCACUACUCGACAGGAAGUUCAUGGAUGGCCACCACCUGUUCGCCGGUGAACCCGAUCUGUAUUAUGAGACCAAUGAAGAGAUCACUCAUUGGGUGAGACCUCCGGCCGAGUACUUCAGCGGUGAGAGUCUGGGCUAUAAUCCGCGCACAAGAUAUCCAUUGGUUGUCAUAAUAGUCCGCAAUGAUGACGACGACGGCGUUGAAGUCAAUGAUAACGAUGUGGUGAGUAGUAGUCAUCGGGAAGUGUUGAGUGUACACCUGAAGGACACGUUCUGCUCGACGACCACAUCACUGAUCACUCAAUACCUGAAGCAAAGGAGUGGACAUAUGUUUGAUUUGAAGCAACUGUUCGCACCUCAAGAGGUGGACGACCCCCAGAGGGGACAGUCGUGUAUAAUCUGCCGCUCGAGUGCCGUAACCCAUGCGCUGCUGCCGUGCCGUCACACCUGUCUGUGCGGUCAGUGUCUGCAGCGCAUCGACAGGUGUCCCGUCUGUCGGACACCCUUUACCUCAUUCUUCAGGAUUAGGGACAAUGAAGACUUGGAUGACGAUAGCGAUGAGGAGGACACCAAUGCGCCCACCAAUAGGUCCAAUAGGUCUGAGUCGAGCACCGGUUGGUUCUCUUCCAUCAACAGUAAACUCAAUCACUGGUUGGGAGGGAACUGA